AUGUCGGAGACUGCCGCAAGGGCAGGCUCCAGUACCCCCAACGCGCUUUCACGACCCCCGGCACCUCCGGGAAAAAGGAACAGGCACAGUGACGGCGGGCAUGGCCAGCGAUGGGCGGAGGCUAAGGGCUCCCUCAAGCGCUUGGCGGCCGGCGGGCAGGCCCCGGAGAAAGGAGCUCAGCUCGACGCGGGUAUCGACCUUGUGUUGCCCGAGGCGGCGCAGACAAAGCAGACGGCGGGCGGCUUCGGGAUCAGCCUGAUCCUGAUCACCCUUCUCCUCUUCCUCUGCAUUCGCCCGCACUUACAGGCGGUGAAAGGCGUAGAGCUUUCCGAUGACAUGGCGGCGGCACUCGAGGCGGCGGCCGACGGCGACGAGGCGGAGGAGAACGACGAGAAGCACAGAUCUUUCUGA